AACUCGUUAUUAUUUUACAGCUCACAGGUGCUCUCUACAGCUGGGCCGGAAGCUUUGCGAUAACUGCCACAGGGCAACCUUUCCCCAAAGUUUCCUGUACUUAUGUGUAAGAAGAGUAAACCCUGAGGUCAGACUCUGGAAGUUUUGACGAAGUUCCUGAUGAGUUUUAUAUCCGUGGAUGCUUCUACUGACAUGGAGAAGAUUGAGGACCAGUUUGCUAAUCUGCAUAUUCUUAGACGGUCCUCGGAACUGAAAGAGCCCACUUACCUGCUGGGCAUAGACACAUCAAAGACUGUACCAGCAGAAAAAGGAGGCUUGGUUGCUGUUCUGUGUUCAAACGGGUCGAUAAGAAUAUAUGAUAAAGAGACACUAAAUCUGCUACGAGAAUUCAGCGGCUCCCCUGGGCUUCUUAACGGAGUCAGAUUUGCAAAUUCCUGUGACAAUGUCUAUUCUGCAAGCACAGAUGGCACUGUAAAGUGUUGGGACGCUCGGUUAGCUAGUGAAAAGCCCGCGCAGUUGUUCAAGGGUUACCCUUCCAAUAUUUUUAUCAGUUUUGAUGUCAACUGCAAAGAUCAUAUCAUUUGUGCUGGUGCAGAAAAGGUCGAGGACGAUGCGUUGCUGGUAUUUUGGGACGCAAGGUUCACAUCUCAGGAUUUGUCUACUCGAGACCCACUCGGAGCCUAUUCAGAGACACACAGUGACGAUAUCACUCAGGUGCGUUUCCAUCCCAGCAAUCCCAACAUGGUUGUCUCGGGCUCAACUGAUGGUCUGGUGAAUGUGUUUGAUCUCAGUGUUGAUAAUGAAGAGGAUGCGCUGGUUGCCACCUGUAACUCCGUUUCAUCAGUGAGCUGUAUAGGUUGGUGUGGAAGAGAUUAUAAACAAAUUUACUGCAUGACGCACGACGAAGGGUUUUGUUGGUGGGAUCUUAAUCAUCUGGAUACAGAUGAACCGAUUACAUGUUUGAACAUCCAGGAUGUGAGAGACGUAACCGACGUGAAAGAAGGCCAUUUGGACUAUCUGAUUGGUGGCCUGUAUCAUGAGAAGAUGGACAGACUGUUUGUUAUUGGAGGGACCAACCUCGGAAAGAUUCACUUGCUGAGCUGCACCAAGACAGGACUGAGCCACGUGACCAGCCUUCAGGGCGGGCACGCAGCCACGGUCCGUUCUUUCUGUUGGACCGUGUCUGAGGACUCUUUGCUGACCGGAGGAGAAGAUGCACAGCUAUUGCUUUGGAAGCCUGGGGCUGUGGAGAAGACUUUCACAAAGAAAGACAGCUUGAAAAUUGCAUCCUCUGUGCAGCAGCGCGUUCGAGUCCACAGCAGCGAUUCUUACAAGAAAAGGAAGCAGCAGUGACGUCAUGCUGGGAGUUUGAAAAGCUCUUCUGGUUUGAAAUCAUUUUUUGCUACCUAUAGCACAUCUUAAAGCUUAUCUGUUAGCAGGCAGUUAGCAACCCCACGCCCGACAAAUAUCGAGAAUGGUUUAGUUCAGGUUGAGACAUAUUCUACAAUAUUUUUAAAGCCUCCAGUUGAGUAUAAAAUUCAGUGACUUGACAGGGAAAUUACAAACCGCAUUUUGAAACCCAUCUGUUGAGUUAGUAAAUGUUAGGUUUGAAGAAAUAGCUCUGAAGAGGAAUCUUCAGUAGAAAGCUGGGGAGGCAAGGAGGUGGUUUGAGUUAUGGGCUUUAAACCCAGCUCCUUACAUUUGAAAUGGCUUACUUGUCUAUCCAACACCGGCCUGUGUAGUCAUUUCAACAGCGUUUGCCUCCCCUAUACUUACUGCAUCAUUGGGUCAUUGAAAUUGAAACAUUCUAGUGAGCCUGAGCAGACGUUUAUAUUUUUAGGAAUGAAGUUUAAUAUUUUCCUAAAAUGAGAAAAAUAUAUUUGGUAAUGACUUGUAUCUGUACUUUUUUUAAUCAAUCAGGAGCAUCUGUUCUUUAAUAUACUAUAUUUACACUUGCUUAGCCAGCACCCAGGUGCUUUGCUGACAAAAAAAAGAAAUCACCUUUCUAGAUUCAUUUGGAGAGGUAAAGUAAGACAGGCAAAUGAAAAUACAACAGAACGGCAGGGCUAUUUUGUUUCAAAAUAGCCUUUUAAAAAUAUAAUUAAAUUUUUUUAUUUAAUUAAAUUUUUUUCUUAUUUUAAA